AUGAGAGCUUUGCAUGGAAAGUUGGACAGGAAGAUAGUAGAGAGGAACAGGAGAAUGCAUAUGAAGAAUCUUUGCUUCCAGCUUCAAGCUCUCAUCCCUAAACCAGACUAUUUUUCUAAGGAUAUGUCACAAUGCAAUUUAUUGGAUCAAGCUACUAAGUGCAUACAAGACCUUAAAGAAAAAAUUGAACGGUUGAAGAAGUUGAAAGAAUUCAACAUUCGCAACAACAUUAACGAUUACAAACCUAGCAAUAUGAUCAAGUUCGGGUUUGAAUUGCCGGUAAUCAACGUCCGAAAUCACGAGAAAAACCUCGAGGUUCUCCUUAUCAGUGGGUUGGAGAAGAGAUUUGACUUUCAUGAAGUCAUUUGUAUUUUAGAGGAAGUAGGUGCUGAGGUUAUGAAUGCAAAUUUCUCAAUCGUUGACAACAAUAUCUUCUGCAUAAUUCAUUCUCAGGCUAUUUCAUCUGGAAUUGGAUUGGAGGCUUCAAUUUUGUAUGAGAGGUUGCAUCAAUUGAUUGCAUGA